AUGGAAAAUGCAACGGAAAACGAAGGCCCAAAACGACGCCUGAUCUUCACCUACGGCACACUAAAAAGAGGCUUCCCAAAUCACAACCUGACAAAGGAUCUCAUCGACAAUAACGACGCCGUUUUCCUGGGCAACUAUUCCACCCAAUUUUCAUUCCCUCUCAUAAUCGGACCUUAUGGUGUUCCUUACCUCAUCAAUCUCCCCGGUUCCGGCCGCCGCGUCCGUGGCGAGGUGUACGCCGUCUCAGAUCGUGGUCUCAUCAGGCUCGACGAGUUGGAGGACACCGCCGUUGGCCACUACGACAGGCUGCCGGUUCUCGUCGUCGGCAACGACGGCGACACGGUGGGGAUCGCGGCGGAGUGCUAUUUCGCCGGAAGGGGAGUUUGGGAAGGGCUGUGGAGAGGGAAAGACGGAGAGGAACUGGCGGAGUAUACGACACGGGAGGCAUUGAAGUAUGUGAGGAAGGACCAACGAUCCAAGCGUCUUGCACGAAUUUAGUUUGGGAGCAUUGUGGUUGAAUUGGAAAAUUCGAUGAAUUUUCAAGGGUAUUUUGGUAAUUUAGUCUAUUGGGCCGGAUCUCACGUGAGCCCAUAUAUCUAAACCUU